CAAGAGGCUUUUUUUGGGCAGUUACGCCUUGCUAUCAUCAAUUGGAGGUUGUGUGGACCUCGAUCAGUUUUGUGUGUUGCCCAGUUGCCCUUUUGUUUUUGCUGCUUUGUUCAGUCGAAAGAAGUAGAAUCAAAUCAGGUUCAGCAAAAAAUAUGAACCUUAUUCAACGUCUCGUGGAGAGGCUGAGACCUAUUUUGAAUUUGAAAGCCUGGGACUACUGUGUUAUUUGGAAACUAGAUGAUGAUCAAAGGUUUCUGGAGUGGAUGGAUUGCUGCUGUGUUGGGUCUGCAGAGAGCAUCGAAAAUCGUGGAGAGGACCUUCUCUUUUCUGUUGCUUCAGCUCCUUCUUCUUGUAGAGAUGUUAUGUUUCAGCAUCCAAGGACCAAGUCCUGUGAUCUUCUUGCCAAUUUGCCUUCCUCUAUGCCCCUCGAUUCUGGGAUAUAUGCAGAGGCCUUGAUGUCAAACCAAGCCAGAUGGUUGAACUGCUCUGGUAUUAUUCCAGAUGCCCUACAAGAAACAGUUGGGACUAGGGUUUUGAUUCCACUACCCAUUGGACUGGCUGAGCUGUUUGUUGCCGAACAAGUGCCUGAAGAUCAACAAACCAUAGAUUUUGUCACAUCCCAGUUUAAUAUGUUGUUAAUAGAACAACAAUCUAUGAUCAAUUCUAGCAACAUGGACAAUCUAGCGGAUGAAAAUGACAUUCACGACAAAGAUCUCAACAACCGUAACCCAUUCGAGCCACCGAUUCCUCCAGCUUCAACGCCGGAAAGUCUGAGCCUGCCAUAUGACAUCUCGGUCGACAGAAUCCGGCUCUGCAAUAAUUCUUCGAUGAACUUUCUGGAACAGUUCAAUUACUCAGCCGUCCAGAAUGGCAGCUGCUUUGAAGGAUCAAAUGACCCUUUUCAAUCCAAUGGAUUUCAAGACAUGGAUGCACUGCAAAAGUCCUUGAUGAGCAGACCCGGCAAAAGGCAUGCGGAUGCUAUGGAACCUUUGUCCAAGGAGGAGCAAGGGAAUGACAGGGAUACUUUCAGACAGGAGACUGCUCGGUCUGAAUCGAUGUCAGAUUGCGAUCUAAACGAACAAGAAGAUGAUGACCAGUGUAGGAGGACAGGGAAGGGCCCUCAAGCGAAAAACCUCGCCGCUGAGAGGAGGAGACGGAAAAAGCUAAAUGAACGGAUCUACUCUCUUCGAUCUUUGGUCCCUAAAAUAACCAAGUUGGAUAGGGCUUCUGUCCUUAGCGAUGCAAUUGAUUUUGUGAUGGAGCUACAGCAACAAGUGAAAGAUCUCCAACAUGAAUUGGAGCAAUCAGAACAUGAUGAAGGUGCCACGAACACUGGUACAAGUUACAACCAAAACAACGAUCGAUCGGAGAUUCUGAACCAAAAUGGCAUUCAUUUCGGAUCGAGAGAUGAAAAUGAUAAUGAGAAAGGUCUUAAUGGGUUUCAUGUAGGAUCUGCAACAGAAGCCUCCAAACAGAAUAUGGAGUCCAAUACUAAUGACAAUAAGCUGAGGCAAAUGGAGCCACAAGUAGAGGUAGCUCAACUGGAUGGGAAUAAGUUCUUUGUCAAGGUGUUCUGCGAGCAUAAGGCUGGGGGCUUGGUGAGGUUGAUGGAGGCUUUGAGCUCUCUUGGCUUGGAAGUAACAAGUGUGAAUGUGACUAGCUUCAGAUACCUGGUUUCAAACAUUUUUCAAGUAGAGAAGAGGGAUAGUGAAAUGGUGCAAGCUGAUCAUGUCAGAGACUCAUUGAUGAAGAUAACGCGGAAUCCAGCCAGAGAUUGGCCGGAGAUGGCUAAAGCAUCCGAGAAUGAAAAUAUUGGAAUGAACUACAAUUACCAAGAGCACGGCGGCGGAGGACGCCACCAUCACCACAACCACCAAAUCGGUUCUCACCCCCCUCACUUUCAUAUGUGACUCAGCAAAGACAGGCUUUAAAGACGGACGAACGAAUACUCUAAUUUUUUUAUCUUUUUUGGAGAGAGUUCAACAUUCUCCUUCCUGUUUGCUAUCUGUUAAUUUUUAGUUCUAGUGUUUGGUUGCUAGGAAUUAAGUGUAUAACAUUUCAGAACAAGAAUUGCAAAACCGUGGAUUUAAUUGAUCAAAUUUUCUAGGAUUUGUUUCCUUGACAGAAAGAACCAAUGGACGCUGUAAUAUCUGCAG